AUUUUGAUUGUUUCUUUUUUCCAUAAGACUUCGAUUGGAACCCAGGGGAAGUGACAAGUAGAGGAGGAGAGACGAGUGGCAAAAGAUCUCCAUAGCAAAGGAGAAUUUUCCGAUGAAAUCGGACCGAAACCGAAACCGAAUCGCGCAGCCGAAACAUCGCCCGUGUCUCUGAUUCGUGAGGCCGUGCGUUUCGAGCCGACGUAACUUCGUACCCCAAUUUGAUUUUCCCUCUGAACUGGGGAACUUGAACUUUCUCUUCCCCUUUUUCUCUCAAAUUUUCCCUUUGGAAGAUCGUAAAUUCUCGUAAGAUAUUCUAAAACCCCAUUUGGGAUGGGCGUCUCCUUCAAAAUUUCUCAAAAGGGUAAACGGUUUCGUUCAAAAUCUUGUGUUGCCCAGUCUGGCUGCAGUGCCCUCGACGACGACGACUCUAAGGACAGUUCGAGGAUUUUAUCCAAGAAUGAAUCUUCUCUAGCUCGAAAACUCGAGGGUGAAGAAAUUGAAAGAAGUGGGGAUGUAAAUGGGGUGACCGGGUUAUCCGAGUCUUCUUUAGGUCGCCUAACAACAGAGAAUGGAGUUUCCUUCACAUUAAACCUCUUUCAAGAUGGAUAUUCUAUCGGAAAACCAUCAGAGAACGAGACUAUACACCCGAGUACUCUACAAGACAAUUCAAAGUUGUUACUUCCUUAUGACAGGAAAUCUGAAAGCUUGUUUUCUGCUAUUGAAUGUGGCCGAUUGCCUGGAGAUAUUCUUGAUGAUAUACCUUGCAAAUAUGUUGAUGGCACAAUUGUUUGUGAGGUGAGAGAUUUUCGUGGCUGUACUCCUUCAAAGGGGCCUGGUGCUCAAUCGAUCGAUGGGUUACCUAUUGUCAAUAAGGUGCAUCUUAGGAUGUCCUUGGAAAAUGUGGUAAAAGAUAUUCCAUUAAUUUCAGAUAAUUCAUGGAACUAUGGUGAUCUGAUGGAAGUGGAGUCCCGGAUUCUGAAAGCAUUGCAACCGCAACUUAAUCUUGACCCUUCUCCCAAGUUUGAUAGGCUCUGCAAUAACCCAGUUCUUAUGAAGCUCAAUUUUUCUCAGUACAGUGUGCGGAGGAAGAGACUGAGACAACUUGCAGAAGUAUCUAUCACAUCUAAUAAUAGGUAUGGGAAGAAAAUUUGCAUAGAUAGAGUAGCUGAAAGCUCUAAUAACAGACUGGGAGAUUCGGGAACCGUUUCUGGCAAUUUGAUUUCUACUAAUGUCCAUGAUAAUAUAGUUGGUCAAAAUAUGAGUUUAAAUGAGAUGUUAGCAACAAAACCAAAGAAUGUUACUUCGGAUGCUUCUCUUCCAGCACCUGUAGUAUCUGUAUCUCAACAAUCUAGGUAUUCUAUGGGCAAUGUAACCCCAAGAAGUAUGCUCGAUCAAGCAGCCGGGUCAGUUCUUAAUGCAUCGGGUGUUUCCCCUACUGGGCAAGAAAUGAUCUCGUAUGCUGACAAUUUGAACCCUAAUGUCUCUCUUCAUGGAAAGAGGGAAACCCAAGAUGGGCAAAUGUCACCCUUGUCCAGUUUUAACAAGAGACCAAGGCCAUCUGUCAUGGGCAUUGAUGGAAUUCAACAGCAUCCAUUGGUGCCAAUGGAUGGACCCCAGGGAUCUGAAAUGUGGAAGAAUUCUUGGUCGCAACAGCAAAUAGCAAGAGGUAUUCAGUACUCGAAUCCAGGAGUCCAGAAAUUUUCUCAGAAGAUGUUUGAAGGAGCCCUGAAUCAGGAUUCUGUACAAAUUCCAUUUGCUGCAGGACAAUCAGCAUCAGCUAUGCGCUAUGGAGCUAAGGAAGAACAGUUUGAUACAGAAAAGGUAGAUGGAUCGGACCUCAGUCGAGGCAAAACUGAUAUGCAGAUGAUGGAAGCAGAAAACCACCUGGAUCAUCACCCUCAGCAUUCCCGGGUUCAGCAAAGGCCACCCCAGCAAACAUUCCCUAGAUCUAACCUCUCUCAGCCUCCUUGGAAUAGUCUUAGUCAGCAUAUAGAGAAAGAAGCAAGAAAGGAGGACCAACUGUCGAAAAGAAAAACUGUCCAAAGUCCUCGUGUGUCAGCAGGAGCUAUGGCCCAACCAACAUCAUCAAAAUCAGGGGAGUUCUCUAGUGGCUCAGGUGGACAGCACUUUGGGGUGCCUGCAAAUAUUUCUGCACUUGCAUCAGCACAAAAGGAGAAGGCUGCCGUUAAUCCCGUUUCUCAUGUUGGUGGAACUCCAUCCAUGACUUCCAGUGCCAAUGAUUCGAUGCAAAGGCAACAUCAGGCCCAAGUUGCUGUAAGGCGAAGAUCAAAUUCCCUCCCCAAAACCCCAGUAAUCAGUGGAGUUGGAUCUCCUGCUAGUGUUGGUAAUAUGAGUGUUCCCCUGAAUGCGAACAGUCCUUCGGUUGGAACCCCACCUUUCGCUGAUCAAACCAUGCUUGAAAAAUUCUCAAAGAUUGAAAUGGUGACUGCAAAGCAUCAGCUCAACUGUAAAAAGAAUAAGGUCAAUGAAUAUCCUAUCAGAAAGCCAAGUACAUUCUCAGCUCACAAUCUUGCGGUUCAUUUGGCAAACGCAUCCAUUAGUGAUGACUUAAAAGAUGAUGCUUGUCAGAGGAAGAUGUCGAAGUCCCUAGCUGGCGGCAGCCUAAAUUCCUGCAAAAGAAGGGUGUUAACUUUUAUGUUGCAAGAGCGUAUACAUCAAGGAAACAUGGUUCCAUAUGUUUCUAGGUUUCGAGGUAGGGUAAUCCUGUCAGAGAAGCCCAAUGAUGGAACUGUAGCAAUCACCUACGAAGAUAUAGAUGAUAGCAACUUUUUUGCUAUUGAGGAUUGUCUUCCGACAUUGCCAAAUACUAUUUCGGCAGACUUGCUUGCUGAUCAAUUAUCUUCAUUGAUGGUUCGUGAAGGUUAUGAUCUUAUUGAAGAUAUCAUUCAACUGAGGCCAACCCGUAUGAAUCCAUCCCCCAGCAAUCAACCGAAUGCUGCUGGGCUUCCUCCUAUUAAUCCAGCAAUCGAGAUGCAGCAUUAUGCCGAAGCUUUUCCGGGUCAAACAACGAAUGAAGUUCCAAAGCUGGGCGGUGGUGGUAAUGCUAAUCUGCUCAACGCCUCCCAUAGUCUUUUAGGAAACACAAGGAUGUUGCCUCCUGGAAACCCUCAGGCCAUGCAGCAAAUGUCUCAAGGAAUUAUGCCGGGAGUUUCGCUACCUGCAAGGCCGCAACAAGCAGACACCCAACCCUCRAUGCAACUGCAACAGCAGCAGCAGCAGUCACAGCCAUCACUGCAGCAGAAUCAGCAAAACCUGAUGCAGCCGCAGCAUCAACAGUUCCAGAGGUCGAUGAUGCUCGGAACAAACCCACUCUCGCAUUUGAAUGCCAUUGGCCAGAAUUCUAACAUGCAGUUGGGUAAUAACAUGGUGAACAAGGCAUCCAUUCCCCUUCAACUAUUACAGCAGCAGCAGCAGCAAUCGCAAAUACAAUCACAAAUGCAGAGGAAAAUGAUAAUGGGAAUGGGCAAUAUGAACAAUAACAUGGUGGGACUUGGAAGCCUUGGCAGUUCAAUGGGCGUAGGAGCUACCAGAGGAAUAGGAGGAACUGGACUACCAGCAUCCAUGGGUUCUAUUCCCGCCAUGGGCAAUGCAGGUCAAAACCCAAUGAACUUAACCCAGGCAUCGAAUUUUAACAACACUAUCAGUCAGCAAUUCCGACCUGGAACAAUAACACCAGCCCAGGCGCAAGCUGCUGCUCUUACGAAAUUUAGGAUGCAGAACCGAGCAGGCAUGCUUGCUGGCUCUCAAUCGGCAAUAAGUGGAAUCCCAGGAGCAAGACAGAUACAUCCGAGCUCAGCUGGACUUUCAAUGCUUGGACAUGCUCUGAACCGAGCUGGUGGCAUGAACCCGAUGCAACGAGCAAUAGGACAAAUGGGUCCUCCAAAGUUGAUGCCAGGAAUGGGUACAUAUAUGAAUCAGCAACAACAGCAGCUACACCAGCAAUUACAGCAGCAGCAGCAACAACUACAACAGCAGCAACCAGCUCAACCUCAGCAACAGCAACAGCAACAGCUACAGCCUCAGCAGCAGCUACAACAGCAUCCUGAAACAACACCACCACUUCAGGCUGUUGUUUCGCCACAGCAGGUGGGCUCACCUUCAACCAUUGGAGGCGUCCCACAGCUUAACCAACAAACCCAGCAGCAGCAGCCGUCCACAACGAGCCCGCAACAAAUGAAUCAGAGAACUCCGAUGAGCCCGCAAAUGAGUUCAGGGACAAUCCAUGCUCUGAGUGCAGGCAAUCCCGAGGUUUGCCCCGCAAGCCCCCUUGGUUCGGUUGGUAGUAUCACAAAUUCCCCCAUGGAUAUGCAAGGUGUCAACAAGAGUAACUCUGUAAAUAAUUCAUAAAGAAGAAUUGUUGUAGCAGAUCAAUUUAGUCUUUUUAGUUUAAUAACCAAUCAUUUAGGGAUAUGCAACCGUAGAUGUUCUAGAUCAUUGAUAUGAAGUAGAAUCUGUACGUGUCUUUCUUUAGCUUCUGAGGUGUAGGAUUCAGUGUAUGUACAGUUAGUUACAGAAUUUCCAUGAAUUUCUCUCCAUUUGAGUGGCAAUGUAUGGGAUAAAAUUCAAUAAAUUUUGGCCAAUUUAAAUUA